AUGAAACUUAUUUGGUCACCGGAAACUGCAUCAAAGGCUUACAUCGACACCGUUAAAUCGUGCGAGAAUCUUGGAACGCCGGGAGCGGCGGAGCUAGUGGCGGCGAUGGCGGCGGGAUGGAACGCGACUCUAAUCGUGGAAACAUGGUCAGAAGGAGAAACCAUAGCCAUAAGCGUUGGUUUAAACGUAGCGAGCCAACACACAAACGCAAGACACAUUUGUAUUGUACCAAACGCGAGAUCAAAAACCGCUUAUCUUGAAGCCAUGACACAACAGUCUUGCUCCAACUUGCCUGAGACAAUCAUUAUGAACGAGGAAGAAGGAGAAAACACAGAGAAGACGAUGCAGAAGCUGCAAGAAAUCGAUUUCUUGGUAAUUGACUGGGAUCAAAAGGAUUUCGCAGCAAACGUUUUGAGAAACGCUGUGUUCGGUAGCAGAGGAGCAGUUGUGGUAUGCAGAAGCGGUUACAGGAGAAGCAGUUCGUGUUUCAGCUGGACAAAAGCGUUUAGCGACCGGAAAGUUGUGAGAACGGUGACUCUUCCGGUUUCUGGUGGUCUUGAAAUCGCACAUGUGGCGGCGGCGAGAAGCUCCGGGAAGAGUGUGAACAACAAGAGAAAAUGGAUCAAGCAUAUUGAUCAAAGAUCAGGAGAAGAACAUGUUAUUAGAAAAUAA